GUUUUCCUUUCGCCAAACCCUCAACAAAGGGCGGAAUAGGAGAAAAGACAGCCAAGUACUCCCUACUCUGUAAGAAAAGACCGGUUUGCGUUUCGUCGUCCAUCCUCUCGGAUCGCAGGCCACACCUCCAACCCACUGCCCGCUGUCGCGUCGCCCUUCUCCCUCCACUUUCCAGGUCGAGCCCCACUCGAGACUCGGGCGCAGAGAGAAAAGCCAGGAGCGGCAUCACAAACCAAAUCAUAUAUUAGAGACAAUAGAACGGGGACUGGUCUGCUCCUCUCCCUCUGUCUUCUCCACGGCGUUUCCAGAAGAUUUCCCUAGUCUUAUAUUCUUCUUUUUUCUUUCAUCGGGUGUCCUUCGUUACUGUUUUACUGGGACACAAUCGCUCUCCCUGUCCUCACACUUUUUCUCCUUUUUUUCUUCCUUUUUUUUUUUUUUUUUUUUCCCUCUCCCUUCUGCCAAUCGUUCGCUCGGCCUACAUCAAUUCCAGAUCGCACGCUUCGUCGCUAUAUCCAAAGACCAGCCCUGAUUGAACGGGAAACAAAAAAAAAAAAAGGAAACAGAUUCAUUCACUUUUAUUUUUACUUCGCAACCAUGGGCGUCACAAAGAAGAUUCUCAAGGAGGGCAAUGGCGUCGACAAGCCCGUCAAGGGGGACGAUAUCGUCAUGAACUACCGGGGUUGUCUCUAUGACUCCAGCAAACCCUCCGAGCACUUCAUGGGAAGGAAAUUCGACUCGACUGAAGAACGUGGCGAAUUCAAAACGAAAAUUGGCAUCGGUGUAGUUAUCCGCGGCUGGGACGAGGCCGUCCUCCAAAUGUCUCUUGGCGAGAAGAGCAUAUUAACCAUCACUGAUGAUUACGCUUACGGUGCACGUGGUUUCCCUGGACUCAUUCCGCCGCAUGCGACUCUCGUCUUCGAAGUCGAACUCAAAGGCAUCAACAGCAAACGGGUGUAAAGUAGUUCAUCGCGCACCCAUCUCGAUCUCUCCAUACCCUCCCAGUCGUCAUGCAUAAGCACGCUUCGCCUCUCUAACUAGCAUUUCUACUUUACAUUCCCGGGUCGCUAAUUCGCUUUCUCUCUGAACUUUUUUUUCUCUUUUCAAAAAAGAAACUUCUGAUCCUUAUUCGGCGUGUUCCUAAUGCUUUUUUGCCUUCCAGCACAUAUAUACAACGGUUCUUUUAUGUCUGGCACCUUCACGUUGUUUAUUUCUAUUUUUUUAUUUUUAUCUUUUUACUUUACCCCCAAAUUCCUGCAUCGGCAUUGACGUUAUGUUUCUCUUUCUUUCCCCACACCCUUUUAAUGAUUCUUUUUCCUUUUUCAUCGAUGACAUGGGCAGAUGACAAAGAUUCCUUCUAGCAUGAACUGUUUUAAUUCUAAUGGC